AUGCCUGGCAUCAACUACCAUGCCCUGUUCAAAGGGGGAUACAGAGGCCCAGGAGGGGCCGGGGGUAGGGGAGGAUAUGGUAACGGAGGCCAGGGAGGCUAUGGUGCUGGUCUGGGAGCAGGAAAUGGCCAAGGAAUGGGGGCGGGAGCCGGACUGGGCUCACAGGGUGGGAAACCACGUGGAGGUGGAGGAUACGGUGGUAAUGGCUAUGGCACACAGCCAGGUUACGGGGCUGGAACUGGAGCCAGAGGCUAUCCACGACCAGGUGCUGGAGCUGGGUAUCCCAAUGGACAGGGAUCUAAGGGACCAAAACCGGGGUAUGGUGCAGGAGCUGGAGUGCCCAAUGGACAGGUUGCUAAACCCAAUGGGUAUGCUGCAGGAGCUGGAGGAGUUCCCACUGGACAGGGUGUUAAACCAUCCAAACAGGGAUAUGGUGCAGGAGCUGGAGUGCCCAAUGGACAGGGUGCUAAGCCCAAUGGAUAUGGUCCAGGAGCUGGAGUUCCCAAAGGUCAGGGAGCCAAAGGCAAUGGAUAUGGUUCAGGAGCUGGAGUUCCCAGUGAUCAGGGAGCCAAAGGCAAUGGAUAUGGUCCAGGAGCUGGAGCACCUAACGGGGCUAAAAGCAAUGGAUAUGGUGCAGGAGCUGGAAUUCCCAGUGAUCAGGGUGCUAAACCCAAUGGAUAUGGCCCAGGAGUUGGAGUACCCAACGGUGGUAAAAUAAAUGGAUAUGGUGCAGGAGCAGGAGGUCCCAAUGGUCAGGGUGCUAAACCCAAUGGAUAUGGUCCAGGAGCUGGAGCACCUAACGGGGCUAAAAGCAAUGGAUAUAGUCCAGGAGCUGGAGUUCCCAGUGGUGGUAAAAGCAAUGGAUAUGGUCCAGGAGCUGGAGUUCCCAGUGAUCAGGGAGCCAAAGGCAAUGGAUAUGGUCCAGGAGCUGAAGUUCACAAUGGUGGGGCUAAAAACAAUGGAUAUGUUCCAGGAGUGGGAGAGCCCAAUGGACAGGGUGCUAAAGCAACCAAAACUGGCUACGGUGCUGGAGCAGGCAGCUAUCAUGGGGCAGGAAACAACGGCUAUGGAGCAGGUGCCAGUCUGGGACAGGGAGGAUACCCUCAAGGUGGAGCAGGUGGAUACCCCCAAGGUGGAGCAGGAGGAUACCCUCAGGGAGGAGCUGGUGGAUACCCACAGGGUGGAGCAGGAGGAUACCCUCAGGGAGGAGCUGGUGGAUAUCCCCAGGGUGGAGCAGGAGGAUACCCUCAGGGAGGAGCUGGUGGAUACCCCCAGGGUGGAGCAGGAGGAUACCCCCAGGUUGGAGCAGGAGGAUACCCCCAGGGUGGAGCUGGAAAACCAGGCAAAGCUGGCGGUGGUGCUAAUCUGGGACAGGGAGGAUAUCCCCAGGGUGGAGCAGGAGGAUACCCCCAGGGUGGAGCAGGCAAAUCAGAGGGUUAUGGUGAUCAAAUGGGAGGAGCAUACCCCGGGGCUGGAGCGGGCAACGGCUAUGGGAAUGGUGGAGGCCCAGCUGGGGGGACCAAUGCAGUGCCUGCAGGCUAUGGCAAUGGCUACGGUGCUAGUACUGGAGGCAAUGGUUAUGGAGCCGGGAUUGGGUACCCAACAGUGUUAGCGGAUGGUGCUGCUGGGCUGGGAGGCAAGGCAGGGAAGGGAGCAGGAGGGCUUGGCGCAGGAGGAUAUCCACAGGGACAGGAGAAAUAUGGGGGUGCUGGCUCUGGUCCUGGUGGUGUUCUGCCUUAUGGGGGCCAGCCUGUGGUCCCUGCUGGGCUGUGGCCUGAUGGUGGGAAGUUGGGCGGGUACGGCCCAGAGCCCUACGGGGUUGCUCAGCCUAUGGGGCUGGGGCAUGAUACUGGCCUGGGGGGUGGAGUCAGUCAGCUUCCUUACAAUGGAGCCCCAGUCAAUACUGCUGGACUGGAUGGUGAUGGAAGCUUCCCUUAUGGUGCUCAGCAACUGGGCCUUGGUGGUGGUGAUGGAGGCAAAUCCGCUGGCAAAUAUGGCAACGGUGGAUUGCCACAGGGUGCACAACAGGGUGCACAGCCUUAUGGACCUGCGACUGGUGGUGGGAAACCACCUUGCAAAAAUGGAAACGGAGGGGGCUAUGGAGCACAGCCAGCAGGCUAUGGUCAAGGACAGCUGGGUGCAGGUCAGAGUGCCCCCUACAGUAACGGAGCAGGAGGGAAGGAAAGCAAAUAUGGUGGUGGUGGACUGAAUGGAUUCUUUGGAAAUGGAGGGUACAAAGGUUAAGUCAAUCAGCUGAGGCCUUCUUGAAGUGAAUAUUUGUUCCGUUCCAUCAUGUGUUCAUUGUGAUGUUUGUUGUUUGGUUUGUUGUUACAUUUAGCUAUUCCAUUUUUGUUCUUAUUUGUGUGUUUUUUUGUUCAUGGUCCUUGUCUUUUGUAUUGUUGUGUGUCUGUCCCCUCUCUUCCUCUACUGUUUUUGGAGAUUGUGUUGCCAGUAUGUUUGUGUUCAUAUCCAUUUCACACUAAAGGUCAGAAAGCAACCGUAUAAUGUCUGUCAGUCUCCUCAUUCUUUUAACCUUGGCAACAGUAUGGUAAAUGUACUGUACAUGUGAUGUGGGGGUUGAGUUUUAAGACUGAAGCUCUAUGAGUUUAAAUCAACACCAAAUAAAAUAAAAUUCAAAGACCUGUUCCCAAAACCUGA